GGUUUAUCCACUUCCCGGGCAAACAUACUAAUUACAGAGUGCUUCUAUGCUAAGCAGCAUUAAUGGAACUGAUCUUCGUUAAUCGAUGAUCAGCACUGAUAAUGAUCUUAAGUAAAGGCGUAAGACUAUGGUUAGUGACAUUACGGUGACUCUUUACAGCUAAGCCAGCCGCCCUCCUUUUCCGCUUUCCGCCACCGCCUUGCUCCUCCCUUUAUAUGAACUCUUUACUUAUCGUCGUCUUCCAGUAUCUUCGUAUUCGGCGUAUCAUUUCACCUUUUUUUUUAUCAGGGGUUCGGGAUGACGGAGGGUAUGGAAGUGGAAUCUAGCUCCUGGCGAGAUGAGUUGGCAAGCCUGAUGGACGACCCCGGUGGGGUCGACGAUGCUGCGCCUGCAUUCGAGGCGAAGAGGUCUUCGGCGUUUUUGUUCCGGGAGAGUGAGCCGGCGAAGGAGAAAGAGAGCACGAAGGACCAAAUCAAGGGUUUUGUCAAGGCAUGGGGGGAAUUGUUGCUGGAGUUGGGGAAGGUAUGCAAGGACGUGGUGAGGCAGAGCUUGUUUACUGAGAACUCCUACAUUGUGCGGAAAACGAAAAGGCCGAUAUCGGCGGUUUCGAAGAGAUUGAGUUUCUUCAACGAAUACUUGCCUGAGGAUCGGGAUCCCGUGCACGCUUGGUUGGUGAUUCUGUUCGUCUUCUUUUUGGCAUUUUCAGUUUUGGGUCUAAAUAAUAGAAGAGAUACUAUGGGCUUAGUAGAAGUGAAGAGAGUGCGCAUUCAUCCUCCUAGUGCCACCAGGAUAGUACUUCCAGAUGGCAGGCACAUGGCAUAUCAGGCACUAGGGGUUCCAUCUGAUAAAGCUAGACAUUCCCUAAUCAUCCCUCAUGGGUUCCUCUCUUCUAGGCUUGCAGGCAUACCAGGAGUCAAAUCGUCGCUGCUGGAGGAGUUUGGUGUUCAAUUGAUAACUUAUGAUCUUCCAGGUUUUGGUGAGAGUGACCCUCACCCUGAAAGAAAUCUACACACAUCAGCUCUGGAUAUGGCAUUCUUGGCAGAUACUGUCGGAGUAAACGGUAAAUUUUGGGUAUUUGGUUAUUCAAGCGGAGCUGUUCAUGCUUGGGCUGCGCUCAAUUACAUUCCCAAUCGAAUUGCUGGAGCUGCCAUGCUUGCUCCCCUAAAUAAUCCAUAUGAUUCAAGCAUGACACGUGAUGAAAUGACAGGAGUGUGGGAUAACUGGAUGCGAAGAAGGAAACUAAUAUUUGGUUUAGCACGCAGAUUUCCAAUGUUUUUAGGCCCCAUGUACCGCAAAGCAUUCCUCUCAGGGCAGCAUGGUAAAAUUGAUGAAAGGUUAUCUUUAUCACUGGGAGAGAAGGAUAGGGUUCUAACUGAGGAACCAGCCUUUAUGGAAUUCUGGCACCGGGAUGUUGAAGAGUCUAUCCGUCAAGGGAAAUUUAAUCCGUUUGUUGAGGAAACUGUGUUGCAAGUGUCGAAUUGGGAUUUUAGGUUACAGGAUUUACAAGUUAAAGAAAAAUGUGACUCUUUCGGACUUUUCCCCUGGUUAAAGUUCAUCUAUGGUCAACCAAAAUGUGAAUUGACUGGAUUUCUUGGACCAAUUCACAUCUGGCAGGGAAUGGAUGAUCAUGUUGUCCCGCCACCAAUGACCAAAUACGUCUCUAGGGUUCUUCCAGAUGCCUUUGUGCAUAAAUUGCCAGGAGAGGGGCACUUGUCCUAUUUCUUUUUCUGUGACGAAUGCCAUAGACAAAUGUUCUCAACCAUUUUUGGAAGACCACAAGGAACCAUCAAAACCAUCAUCUAUGAUGGAUGAUACUUCAGCAGCAGAAGAUGGUGGAGAAGAGGAUUCAAUUUCCACAGAAUGAGCUGGUUGUCUCCUCAUCUGUCACUCAAUGACUCAAUGCCGUGAUGUAUAUAAAUAUUGAAAUGGAGCUUUCUUUUGGCCUUGGAAAGCUUAUGUAUAGAUUCUUGAGAGGAGUACAUUUAGUUUGGUGUUAAUCAUGGUCAUGGAGGUUCACGUCUAGCAGUAGCCAUUGUGAAGACAGUGAUAGCAGUCUUUCUUUGAGUGUGGCAGGUGACCACUGAAUUGCUCAUUUUGUGUUGCCAGGUGACCACAAAAUAGAAACAUGGUAAACAAAACAUAAACUCCGAGGUACUUGAGAAUAGGUUCUUUGGUACCACUACAAUGUGGAGGAGUUUUUGGUAUACAAGUUUUAUUAACUUAUUAAUUACGUAGCUCAAUGAUAUCUCAUACCUUGGCAGUUGUGCAUAGAAAUGCGGAGUCAUUAACAAUUUAGUUCUUGCAAUGUCAUUCACUCUUUAAAAACUGAGUGCUAUGUUUUAAUUUCUGAAGUGCUAGAAAUUAACCAGAAACCAAUGUUUUAAAACUAUGCCCGGCCGUCAGAAAUUAAGUUAGGCUUUAGGUGGCAUAGUGCAUUAGUGCAUAGUUGCAUACCUUAUACUACAUACUCCGUAUUAAGGAUGUUUUCACUUUUGCUAAUUUUUUUACUGAUCUGUUCAAGUGUUCUUUUACUGAUCUGUUUAAGUGUGGUCUGAUACAUGACUCAUAUAUGUGUAUUUUAAGUGUGGCAUGAUACAUGACUCAUAUAUGUGUAUUUUAUCAUUGUCUUUGAUAUAGUGCUUUUAUGUCGGGUAAAGGCUGGAACAAGUUCAGGUUAAAACAUCUCAAAACAUUAUAAUACUUCACAUUAAGAAGUGCCACAAGUAUUUAUACAAGAUUUUGCCAAAAAAAAGUGGGUUUCUUCAUAAUCUGCUUGCCAUGCAUCAUGAUCUUUGGCUUUCAGCUACCCACAAAAAUUGGCAAAUUAAUCAAACACACAAAAUUGUUUCUUCAUUUUGAAACUCGGAGAUUCCAUAAGAGGACUCUUGAGCAGUCUUCUUGUGGAAUCCCCAUCACAUUGGCUUCAUCUUCAAUCAACUCCUUCCUUAUAAAUUUCAAUGAAUCCUG